CAAACACACACACUCUCUCACACACAGACACACUCUGGAUCUCUCUUUCACACACUCAUAGAGUUUUAUUAUACACUUUUGAUUUUGAUUUUGCAUGUACAUUUUGAAUUGGUUUUAUUUUUUACAUGUUUUCAUACAAUUAGUACAAUACACACAUUUGCCAAUAUGUGCCUUGUUCCAGUUGUCGUGCUGUUGGCUUUUCUGGGUUCCAGUUCCUGUACCCGGUUUCAGGCCAACCUAAACAUGGGGGGAGUCAUGGGAUGGGUGCGGUUUGACUCCACCAAUCAGACGGCGACCGUGAACAUCACCGGUACCGGAACCUGUGGUUCGUCGCUCAACCUCUCCCUGAGUGUGUUCCCUGUGAUGUUCGGCCAUUUUGCUCAGCCUUGCCUUGAAGUCAAUGUAGGAGCGAGCAUCUUCUCGUUCACAAUCGAUCCAUUCUCAUCCAACACCACUGUUAAUAUGUCCAGUCUAUUUAAGCAGAGGCCGAAUCUGGAUGACCUUUCAUUGACCUUGGAGACGUGCAACGGCACCAAAGCUUGUACAGUCAUAAGUGGUCAAACCACAGUUCAGACGUGGCAGGCCAGGUUCUUCAGCUCGGUCGCCGGCGACAUUUACAUCAGGCAGAACGUCGGACAGACCCACGCCAGGGUCCUCACAAACUUGGCCACAAUUGGUCAGGUCGGUGCUAUGGCAACCAACGUCAACAUCUUGACGUCGCAGAGUUCUGCUAGAGACUGUAAGGCUCUUCUAGAUAGUCUGGAACCCUCAUCUCUCACCCAGCUUGGGGAACUGAAAGUAGGCACCCCUCUCACACCCGUAAAGUCUCGUUUGGACCUCACUAGUGUCAGCUCCAACACUCGUUUCGCUCUCCUGAAACUGGGCUCUUCAAGUUAUAAGUGCGCUGAGAUCAGAACAAUGGACAGGAAGGAGGUGAGCGCCCUGGUGAACAUGAGAGGGGUCAAGGGUUACUUCCUCUUCAGGCAGGCCUCGCCGUUCGACGUUACAGAACUGAGAGUGAAUCUGACCAAUCUGGGGAGCCGGGUCGGACCUUAUCACAUCCAUCACUUCCCCACACCUCCUAUGAGGUCACCGCCGCAGACGACCUGCUCCAACGACAACGUUGGAGACCAUUGGAACCCGUUCGGGAUAGACACUAAAGAUCCCACCUACCCCUCUGGACCUGGGUCGACCCACGACCGGUAUGAAGUAGGGGACCUCAGCGCCAGGCAUGGGUCACUAAAGGGUAAAGCUGAGAUGGACGCAGAUUUCACAGACUUCAACCUCCCUUUGUUCGGACAGAACAGCAUAGUGGGUCGGUCUGUGGUAAUCCACCAACCGGAUGGAGCUAGGUUCCUGUGCGCCUACAUAUGCUACCCAGGAGAGGUGCACGUAGCCAGGGCUAUGUUCCGACACCCUGUGGUGGGUAUGGUCCAGUUCGUCCAACUCAAGAGCAACCCGUUGUCUGAUGUCACAGUCUUCAUGGAUCUGUCCUAUGGGAGACCCUCCGUGAACGCUACACGUAACCACCACUGGCACAUCCACAUGUAUCCUAUUAGCUCGGAGAUGGACACGGACAAGGGGAGGUGCGGGACCACGGGGGGCCACUGGAACCCCUUCAAUGUGGACACGGGCGAUUCAAGCUACCCCCUCCACUGUGGCCCCUCCAGCCCCUUUUCCUGCGAGGUGGGGGACCUCUCCAAAAAGCACAGCACCCUCGACCUGGGGACCCGAGUGGGUGGAGUGGCGGCCAAACACUUCUUCACAGAUACCACUUCCUGGUUGGCACAUCCGGCAGGAUCGGGCUCCAUGAUUGGUCGAUCGGUGGUGAUCCACAGCGCGGAGGGCGCCGCCCCCAGGAUAGCCUGUGCUAACCUCACAGAGUUCCGGAUGCCCGCGGCGGUCUUGGGCCCCUGGCAUGGACCAGAGGCCUCCAGGGGCCAAAUCCGGUUUUCCCAGGCUUUCCCUCAGGGCCCAACCAUGAUGGACGUCUCCCUGGCUGGACUCAGCUCCAGGGCUGGGGGCUACCAUGUCCACAUGCUACCUAUCAGUACCACAGGGGAGCCCUGCUCGGACAACAACAUCAUGGGCCACUUCAACCCCUUCUCCUGGAAUGUGUCUGCUUCUCCUGCUCCGGGGUCAGGGACUGUGGAUGAAUAUGAGACUGGGGACAUCAGCGGGAAGUUCGGGAUGCUGACGAAUCAGAACCAGACACAGACUCAGUAUUUGGAUGGAAAUAUGCCGAUGACAGGGCCGAACAGUAUAGUGGGGAGGUCGUUGGUCAUUCACUACACUAACGGAUCCAGGAUGCGGUGUGCUGACAUCUCAGCUGAGAAUGCAACAGAUGGACACUGGGUGUUUGCCAAGGCUGUCUUCAAAAGCACAGUGACAGGGACAGUCACACUGUCCCAGCAGACUUUUCUGGAUGGCAGCUACAGUGACAUCACUCUGGAGGUGGACGUGCGGUCAUCACAGGUGCUAGACGUAACAGAGGUUUCCUGGAUCAUCACUGGUAUUCGCUCUGAGGUGAACGAGAGCCAGUGUACCAGUGCUGGGGACACGUUUAACCCCUUCAACAUGGAAGCUGGGAGCUCCAGUUGUUCCCGUGACAACGCUCUGAGUUGUGAGGUGGGAGACCUGACCACCAGACAGGGGACAGUCAGCCUGACACACAGACAGCUGUACACCGACACCAGCAUACAACUGGCAGGGGACUACACAGUGGUCCACAGGUCCCUGGUCCUGAGGAGCGGCAGCAAUGUCUUGGCGUGUGCCGUCAUUCUUCCAGAAUCCCCUUGGGCAGAGCAGACCUUCCCCAACGUAAUUUCUUUCAGCAGAUAUGACUUCCGCAGUAGGGUGGCAGAGGUCCUAGAGGUGAACAUGUCCAGGGUCACCAUCCUUCCAGGGUCUCCUCUGGCCUCAGUGGAUGGACUAUGCCAGAAAGUCAGCUUCCUUGUCUCAGGGGAGGUGAGUAUGGACAAGAUUAACUCUAUCAAAGACAGUAAGAAGAUGGGCAUGUUUAAGCAGACAGAAGGUUGCUCAAGAAGUUCUGGACAACUGCUGGAGGCUGGGAGAUAUCUGAUGAUGUUGAUGACAGCUGCAGCCUACAUCCUAUACUCUCUGAUCCAGCAGUAGUUUAUACUUUAGAUCUAGACUUGCAUCCCAAAUGGCACCCUAUUCCCCAUAUAGUGCACUACUUCUGACCAGAGACCUGGGCUUUGGUCAAAAGUAGUGCACUAUAUAGGGAAUAGGGUGCCAUUUGGGCAUACCCCUUUAGCUCACAUUGAAUCAACACUGGAACUGUCAAAUAUUUCUAUUUUCUAAACUGCAAUUAAGUCUAUCUUUUGAUUAUCUUUUUGUCAUUGAUCUGAAUGGUGUGGGUUUGAAUUUGCUCUUGAAGCAAGCAUUUUUUUGUUUAUUAGUUUUUUAUCCUUGUAAAUAUUCCAAGUUUGGGAAAAUAUGACUGAAUAUACUGUUUCAGGCCAAUAUCCAGAACAUCAAAGCAAACAUAAUAGAGCAACAAUUGUUCAUUGUCCUUCCCUGUCCAAUUACUGUAUCAAAAAUGCAAUUUGAAGGAAAGAGAUGCUGUAAAUGUUUGUAAAUGUGUCCCAUUGUAUAUAUGCAUUUUUUCUCAUGCAUGAAUGUAUUACACUGCCACUUUCCCAUUUAAGGUGAAUUUCCAAGUCUUACAUAUAAACUCAGCAAAAAAAUAAA